UGGAACAAUGAUUUCUUAAACGUGAAACCAUUCUCAGUCUCAGUUUUAAGACAUCUCUUGAUAAUGGCAUGUCCCAAGUCUAUUCUAUCUGUACUCCUAAUGGCUUUCUUCAUAAACAAUAUAGUAACGGCAGAAGGAAGCGAUGAAGAUGAAGCAACCUGGCCGGAAGACAUUACUGAGGCGUCUUUAGAAGAUGUGGUAACUGCGCCGAAUGAACCUCCAGGGACUGAAGCUUAUACUUAUCGCACCGCUCGGACGUUAGAUCCCUUAGAUGCUUUGAGAGAUGAGGAGGAGUUUAUGGAAAAACCUCACCGAAACAGUGUUGAAGAGUUUAAUAGUCUGGAGCAAGGAUGGGAUAUGAUUCAAUCAAAAGAUGAAAUAAAAGCACUGAAAAGAAAAGCACUGCCAGAGGAGAAGCUAAUCAAGCAGCCCUUCUACUUUGGUUGCUGUCACAACUCCACCUAUGUGGGCUGUGCCGGUGUUUGUCCGGAGACGUGUGAAUACCGCUCCAAGUACUGCGUACCGCUUUGUGGACCGCCCUGCCGCUGCAAACAUGGAUUUGUCUACAAUAUUCAGCGAAAGGGCUGCACCAUUCGCUCUGACUGUCCAAAAGGGAUGAUCCAGAGCAAGAAGGGAGUGUACAGGGUGUUUUUGUGAGAUGGAAUGACUUAGAUGGAUGUGGGUGUUUGGGGGUUAGUGUGAUGUGAUCUGAUGUAUGCUUGUGGUGUGCUGUGGUGUCGUGCCAAUUUUAUUUGUUCUAAUAAACCAAGAAAGCCAGAUGGAUGCAAGCUAACUAAGAUGGGUGGUGUUGAUGGGAUGCGAUUCGA